UUCAAGGGGAGCUGCAAGGCCGACGUGAGGGUUCAGAUCCAGCUUCUUUCGACGGAUAACCAGCGAUAAAGAAGCGAUCACGACUCUCUGAAGUUAGUUUACCGUUUGCUGUGGAGGUAGAAAUGAUACGGGCACUUGUACUACAGGAUUAGCCCAGAGUUGCUGCGAGAGGAAAUCGAGUGGGUGUUUUUGCUUGCUGAGACACCCCUGUAGCGCGCGCUACAAUAACAGAGCGGCGGAGCAAAAAGGCGGGCGUCGCUCCCACCGUCACGUUGGGCAAGAUCGAGCCCGUCUGCCUCCACGCCACUCGUCCCGCACUUCUGGGGCGCCGCAUCGCGAGCACGAGCGCGAGCGCGAGCUGUCACGCAGUCGGCGCACACGAGUCGCCGCAGCUGCACCUGCAACCUGCAUGGGGACGCGGCACUGCGGGGCCACACCGAGACCAGCUGCGAACUUCCUCCUGCGUCUGCGGGUUCGUAUCCGCUCGGAGCUACCUCAGUACCUGUCCUGCUUCCGCGUCUCUCUUUUCGAAGACAGGAGGAGCCGUCCCUUCACUUGCCUUUGAAAUAAAAUAAAGUGAAGCAAUAAAACCAAGAAAUAAGCGGCGCACAUGUAGGCUGGAAUCUGGACCGCGCCUCUGUCGUACACAGCUCUACGACUACGUGCGUGUGCUGCAUUCGCACUGCUGGGGGGUCUCACUUCUCCGCGGGGAGCGGAAUCCAUCCCCUCAUUGUUCCAGAGACCAGCACCAGCGAGGAGUCCCGUCCGGGUCUCGGGUCCGACACGCGCUGAAAGAUGAAGCGGAUCCGAUUCAAGAGCUCGGACCUCGGGCCACUUCUGCUCUGCCUUUUGACUGCCGCCGCUCGGACCCUCGCGGAGCAGGAGGUGGAGAACCUCUCCGGACUGUCCCCGAACCCGGACAAAGACAUAUUCGUGGUUCGGGAGAACGGAACAACGUGCCUCAUGGCGGAGUUUGCGGUCAGAUUCACUGUUCCUUACGACGUCCUCGCGCUGAACGGCAUAGACCUCAUCACGGAACAGGCGUCCAUCUCGCUGCCCCGCGGCGCGCAGAUCGAGGGCCGAUGCGGCUCCAGCGAAGCCGAGCUGCGCGUGUCGUGGUCCAACGACGCCUACACGUUUCGCCUCUUCUUCCUCAAGGAGGUGCACGACUCAAAGGGAAAUGAAGUCUGGAAGAUCAGUAAGAUGCAGUUUGUUUACGACACUUCAGAAACGACGCACUUCAUCAACGCGUACAACCGUGAGUGGGACGCGUCUCCUCGACCGCCGACGGGCGCCGUAACAGCGCGAGUCACGGGGAAACACACUGCCAGCUCUCAUCGUCUCUCUGCUCUGGUGACCCCGGCGGGCCGAUCCUACGAGUGCAUGGCCACCCAGACGUUGACCCUCAUUUCCAGCGACCACCAGAAGGGAGUCACCGUCUCCAUGGCCGACAUUCAGAUGCAGCCUUUUGACAUCAAGAGCGACUUCAUGUUCAGUGAAGCCUAUAAAUGCAUUACUGAUCAGAGAGAGCAGUUGGAGGAGACAUUGCCCCUGAUUUUGGGCCUCAUCUUGGGACUAAUCAUAGUCAUUACUCUCUCUGUGUACCACCUUCAUCAGAAAAUGACGGCUCACCAACCACAGCUUCCCAGGGACCGAUCUAUGUACAAGAACAUGUAAGGAUGCUCAGCACCUGAUUUCGCUGACUGCAACCUGCCAUUGCAGUACGCUUGAGCAUUACGUUUUUGUAUGGUCGCAAAUCAAGUUUCGUUUCAAGUCCGCCCUUUCUGUUCGUCUGUGUUCUUGGUCAUUUUAAAAAGGCUCAAUUAAAAUUGUUAGACUUUGCUCUCAUCAGGCUGGAACUUUGUUGUGAAUGCUGUGUUCAGCACUGAAAGUGAACAGUGUUAUUUGGUAUACAAGUGUGUACAAAAUAAAAAAGGCACAUAAAUGACAGUUCUUUACAUUUAUCUGGGCUAUCAUUACAAUUUCAUUUGUUAUAUAGUUGAAUCUGAAUGUGUAUAUAUAGGAAAAUGUAAUUAAAUCUAUAGUACAUAAAACUAAAUGAAGUUCUGUAUCAACCUGACAGAUUUGUUAAAAUUAUAUUUACGGAGAUAUAUUGAAUAAUUUAUUGCGUACAAAAGGAGAGUUAAAAACAAAUUUUAAGACUGUAAAAAAUGUGAGACCAAAAAGGUAUCAAAAUAUAUUUACUAUGCAUAAAGUCAAGAGAAUGAACAUACAUUUUAAUGUGUGGAAUUCUGUUCCUUGAAAUAAAUUAUGCAACACCUGCCCCGUGUAUUGAUGUAACAUAUUUUCUCAUGGUAUAUUUUUAUAUUUCAGCAGUUCUUGAUAUAAUACCUUAAAGUGCAUAAU